GCGCCUGGCGUCGAGUGAAAAAUCGAUUCGAAGACGCUCUUUUAUGAACUCCCAAGCUAGUUAACAACCGAACUGUACCUUGAUUCCCCCUCCCAGUGUCACAUCCAGUCGCGCAUCGCGAGUUGGUUGGGUUCAUGAGAAUGAGUUCAUCAUGAGCUCUUUUUACGUUUGGAAUUUGGUAUUUCUUUUAGUUUGUGUUUUCGGUAUCGUUUCGUGUAAUAGGGAGCAGUGUGUCGCUAAGAACGGUAACAAAUGUAAGAGCGAAAACAACGAAAGUAAUAAAUAUUCAAAAGAGAGUAACGAACGAUACAGUUUUUAUUUAAAUAAAAUUACUGAAGCAAAAGCCAAUUAUCAUCCAUGUGAAGCUACAAAAUGUAAUUGUCACUCAAAAGUGAUCACGCAUGAUUUAAAACCAUUCAAAGGUGGCAUAUCGAAAGAAUUAAUUGAUUCUGUAAGGGAAAAGGGUACAAGAUAUCAAAUAAUGAAUGGAAAGAUAUACAGAGACAAAAACUGCAUGUUCCCAGCAAGAUGCUUGGGAAUCGAACACUUCUUGUUUGAAAUAUUGCCUAAACUACCAAACAUGGAGUUUGUGAUAAAUACGAGAGACUGGCCACAAAUCAAUAAAAAUUAUGGAUUGUUUGGGCCUGUAUUCUCUUUCAGCAAAACUUCAGAGUUUUACGAUAUCAUGUAUCCUGCCUGGGCAUUUUGGGAAGGUGGUCCGGCUAUUUCACUCUUUCCUAGGGGCAUUGGUAGAUGGGACUUGCUCAGGGAACAGUUGGGAAAAGAAGCUAACAAGACAUAUUGGGAGCAGAAAGAGACAAAGGCAUUUUUUAGAGGUUCUCGAACCUCAAGUGAACGCGACACUUUGAUUCUGCUUUCUCGAGAACAUCCAGAUUUAGUGGAUGCUCAAUACACUAAAAAUCAAGCGUGGAAAUCCGAUGCCGAUACUCUUCAUGCACCGCCAGCCAAGGAAGUAUCUUUUAACCAACAUUGUAACUAUAAAUAUUUGUUCAAUUUCCGUGGAGUUGCGGCGAGUUUUCGAUUCAAGCAUGUUUUGCUGUGUAAGUCGCUGGUAUUUCACGUCGGUGACGAAUGGCUUGAAUUUUUCUAUCCGUCCUUAAAGCCAUGGGUCCACUAUAUUCCUGUAGAUCCUAAGUCAACAAUGAAAACAUUAAAAGAGCUUAUCGAAUUUGUCAGGGAGCACGACGAAUUAGCUAAGGAGAUUGCCGAAAACGGUUUUAACAUGAUAUGGAACCAUUUGCGCAUGAAAGAUGUCAAUUGUUUCUGGCACAAACUACUUAGGAAAUACGCCAAGCUAUUGACAUAUAAAGUGGAGCGAAACGAUGAACUGAUUGAAAUUUGGCAUUAGACAAAUUCUAAACGCAUAGAUCGCUAUACACAAGUACUUAAUGGAAAAUAUCUCAAAGCGUAUUUUAAAUAUUUCGGGAUUAUAUUCUUUAGAGCUAUUAUAUUGGCUUGUGAUUGUCCCGUAAAUGAAAAUUAACUUAUACUCUAAUCAAAUUACAAUGACAAUAACUACACAUUCAUCUUCGAUGAAAUCUGUCGAAAUGAAGCAACAAUCUAUUAGCUGUUGAGUAAAUGUGAUAAAUGUUCUGUAAUAUGAGAUGACAAUAAUGCAAACAAUAAUUAGUUUUAAGAAAAUCUUGAACAACGUAUACACACACAAAGAAGUUAUAUGUAUUUCAGUGAAUAUCGACUUUUAAAGUUUUUACCCAUUUACGAAGAUUAUACGUGACUAUGACAAUAAUUGUUUCAAAUGAAACGACAUCAAUACGUCCGUAAAAUAUUAUAAUCACAUCAUUUCUAACAAUCAUCUCAAUGAGAAUUAAAAUGUAUGAUCACAAUAUUGAGCAUAUCUAGCUAAAUAUCAAAAAUAAACUUUGAGUCAAAUAUCAAAUCAAUAAAAAAACGUAGGAUAGGAAAUAGGAAAUAACGAUAGUUUGAUGAAGUAAAAGUAUGCUAAUUACUGCAGAAUACCUAAUCUAUGAACCUUCUAAGCUUGGCUUGUAUGUUGUGAUAUUUUAAAGUUUCUAUUAUACCCCUUUGAAUGUCUAUUUAUAAUCGUAAAUGUUGUAUUUGUUAUCAUGUAAUCGUUGAUGUUAGAGAUUAUAGGGUUUUGAUGUUCGAUGUUUUAGAAGACAAACAUUGAAUUGUAGAAUAUAGGAACUAUUACGUCUCUAGAAUCAAUCAAAAUGAUAUCCCAAGAAAAUAAGUUUCAAAACUUGUUACUACCAAAGUAAAGCAAGACACAGUUGCUUAUUAAUUAUCACCUAAUAAGAUGAAAUAUAAAUUUUGAUGUAAUUGCAUAUCUAGAGUAUUAGCCAAAUAAUUAAUGUGUGAAGCCUCAUAAUCAAUGUUGGUGUAUUCAACUCUUAGCACGUUGACACAUAUUAGUAGAAAGAUAUAUACUCAAUAAUUGAAAUUAAUGGAUCUAUUAGUAAACUAUCCUAUUACUGUGAAUUGAUUGUUGAGCAAUUUGUUCCUUAUAAUGCACAUUCCAGGUUUGAUUGUACUAUUUUUGUACUAUUGUAUUAUUUUUAGAAAAUGAAACUUGUUUGUGCAAUGCAAGCAACACAUUUCUCUUUAAAUAAUACAAUAAUGCCCUUGUUAAUAUAUUGUUGACAUUUUCUUCAGUAUAAUCCCAUUUUAAACUAUUACACAAGAAUAUUUGUUACAGUUGAGAUAAUGCUAUAGAAAAUCAAUUAUUAAGUUUUUAUGUAUUCUAAAGUUUCAGUUAGCUUUUACCAUUUUAACUAACUGUAAUGCUCGAAAAUAAAUUAAUCAAUGUGUA